CCCCCCCCCCCCCACUCCCUCUUUGAGACAUCGUCGUCAGUCUCGACGGAGAACGCCAUGUUCAAGCUCUGCGCGCUCUUUCUCGCUCUUUUUCGAGCCCAUGCGGACGUGCUCUUCGCCAGCCCAGGCGACAACGUGAGCCUCCCUUGCUUCUUCGCCGCCGGCGCCAAAUACGUGUGUUGGUACAAGCAGGUUGCGGGCGACGUGCCCCAAAUCGUGACCUCCUUCUACGGCUACGUGCAAACCUCUCGCGGCCACCGGCUGGCGGCGGACGUCGGCAGGCGGAUGGCCGUUCACCCCGGGGAAAACUUCUUGCAUCUCAACAUUUCCCACGUCCGGCUGUCGGACUCGGCCGAGUACUACUGCGGGCAGAGCGUCCUCAACGUCAUGCGCUUCGACCGCGGAAUCUUUUUGCUCGUGAGAGAAUCGGGCCGCCCGACCGUCCUUCAGCGCCCGACUUCCAUCGCGGUGUCCACCGGGGGCUCCGCCGACCUGAAAUGCACCGCGCACCCCGGAGUUAGCCACGUCUACUGGUUCUGGAAGGCCUCGGGAGACUCUCACUUGCUCCACGUGCACACCGAGAACAACAGCGGCUGCGCCGAGACCACCGAGUCGGUUUGCGUUUUCACCCUCUCCAGGCGCGCCGUCGCCGACGCCGGGACGUACUACUGCGCCGUGGCCUCCUGCGGGGAGAUCGUGUUCGGAAAGGGGACCAGGCUGGAUGUCGGAGGUGGACGCUUUUCAGACAAAAAGGGAAAAGGUGCACGUUUACGUGGCGUCCACGUACUGUCUGCUCGCGUCGUUGCUGGCGUCCGUCGUCCUCAACAUCUUCCUGACGCGUCUCCUUUGGAAAAACGGCCGCAGGAACCGCCGCCUUCCCUCGGACGGGCAAAGGUCGCAGGGCCGCGUCCCCCCGGAAGACGACGUGGACGACGAGGACGAAGACGCCGCCGCCGCUUUGCCGUACGUGGCGCUGGACUUCAAAAAGAGAGAAUCCAACAAGCGGAGACUUCGGAGCCCGGAGGACGCCGUUUACGCUGGACUGCGGCUCCAACAUGUGGACUGAGUUGUUGACGAACCCCGAAUUGCUCGCG